AUGCCAAAAGGAAGGACCCAGGGAGAUCCAGGAAACCUAGAAAUUGACUCAGUGGCCUUUGAGGAUAUGGCUGUGAACUUCACUCUGGAGAAGCAGGCUUUACUGGAUCCUUCACAGAAGGAACGCUAUAGAGAGGUUACGGGAGAAACUGUCAGGAACAUGGCCUUAGUAGGGAAAAAAAAAACAAGACAGAAAGAUCAUAACAUUGAAGAUCAGUACAAAAACCAGACGUGAAAGCUAAGAUACAUGAAAGAACCUACAAUGGAGAGAAACUCUAUCAUUGUAAACAAUCUGGAAAAGCCUAUAGAUAUCAUCAAAGUUUUCAAACACAUGGGACCCACAUAG